AUCAUAGUCCCCUUCUCCGUCACAAUCUCGAAGAAGACCAAUACACAAACACAACCAAAAAAAGAAAAACCAACACAGCAGCAAAACUCAAAACCUUGAGAAACGAAAAAAGCUGCAACAAUGGCGUCAGGUUCAGUAAUACCGGCGAAUAGAGCAAGAAGAAACCACACCGACGAUGAAAAACUUCAAUUCGAAGCAACAGAAGGAAUCGAACCUAUAACGAGCUUCGAUAGGAUGGGAAUUAAAGACGACCUUUUACGCGGGAUCUACGCUUACGGUUUCGAAAAACCUUCUGCAAUUCAACAGCGUGCUGUUAUGCCUAUUAUUCAAGGUCGCGAUGUUAUUGCUCAAGCUCAGUCUGGUACUGGCAAAACUUCCAUGAUUUCUCUUGCUGUUUGUCAGAUGGUCGAUACUUCUACCAGAGAGGUCCAAGCAUUAAUCGUGUCGCCUACUCGAGAGCUGGCUUCUCAAACAGAGAAAGUAAUAAUGGCCAUCGGUUUGCACAUGAAUAUACAAGCUCAUGCAUGCAUUGGAGGGAAAAGUGUGGGUGAGGAUAUCAGGAAGUUGGAGUAUGGGGUUCAUGUUGUUUCAGGAACACCAGGUAGAGUUUGUGAUAUGAUCAAGAGGAGAACACUGAGAACCCGGAACAUCAAACUGUUAAUUCUUGAUGAGUCUGAUGAGAUGUUGAGCAGAGGUUUCAAGGACCAAAUUUAUGAUGUCUAUCGUUACCUUCCACCGGAGCUUCAGGUUGUGCUGAUCUCUGCCACCCUUCCCAAUGAAAUCCUGGAGAUCACCAACAAAUUUAUGACAGAUCCUGUUAAAAUCCUUGUAAAACGUGAUGAAUUGACUUUAGAGGGCAUCAAGCAAUUCUUCGUUGCGGUUGAGCAGGAAGAUUGGAAGUUUGAUACCCUUUGUGAUCUCUAUGAUACUCUCACAAUUACUCAAGCUGUUAUCUUUUGCAACACUAAGCGCAAGGUGGAUUGGCUGACUGAGAAGAUGCGCAACAACAACUUUACUGUUUCAUCAAUGCAUGGUGAUAUGCCCCAGAAAGAGCGAGAUGCUAUAAUGAAGGAGUUUCGUGAUGGUGAUACUCGUGUUCUGAUCACAACAGAUGUUUGGGCUCGUGGGAUUGAUGUCCAACAGGUUUCAUUGGUGAUCAAUUAUGAUUUACCCAAUAACCGUGAACUGUAUAUUCAUAGGAUUGGUCGCUCUGGUCGUUUUGGACGUAAGGGUGUUGCUAUAAACUUUGUCAAGAAAGACGACAUCAGGAUUCUAAGAGAUAUCGAGCAAUAUUACAGUACCCAAAUCGACGAAAUGCCGAUGAAUGUGGCUGAUUUGAUAUGAGGUCCACCAAAUUGUGCAUAAGCAAUAUCAAAAAAGUGUGCCAUGAUGUGUCUUAUUUCUUAUGCCUGGCCAAAUCGGGUGUGUGUGAGCGUGGCUAUGAGUUGCUGUGGUGUGGAUUGACAGAUUUUUAGUUUUUCCUUUUCCUGUAAUGAUUUGCUUACGCUAUUCUUGCACUUUUUUGAUAUGUUGAUUUUCUGCUUUUGCUCC